AUGAAAUCGGACAAAGACCAAGCAAUUUACGAGAAUGUUGCUCGCGACAACUGGUCUUUCGUGUCGAACGAAGCCCUCAAGGAUCGUGCUAUUGAGUUUUCUACCCCCGUCAUGUCACAAGAGGAUCAAAUAUCCUUGAUCAUAGCGUGGCUCGAAAAUUGCGAUAAGGGACUUUGUGGAUCAGGUCGCACAUGCCGCCCGGCUCCCGAUCGCCCUUUGCCGACCCGUCUGGUUGAUUUACACAGUGUCAACGACGGUGAUGUGAAAUGUGAUGUGAAAGUUGUCAAAAAACCUGUGGACAAUCUAACAUCUGCCGUCGACUAUGUUGCUCUUUCGCAUUGCUGGGGCGACCUGCCAAUGGAGGAUAGGAACAAAUGUCAAUUCAAAGGUGGUGAUGAGGAGACAUUUUGCCUGGAAGAUUUGCCGAAAACAUUCAGGGAUGCAAUUGAGUUGACUCGCUCGAUUGGUAAACAAUAUAUCUGGAUCGACUCGCUUUGCAUCAAUCAAAAAGAUGAAGAAGAUUGGAAACGAGAAUCGGAAACUAUGUAUGAGGUUUUCAAGAACGCUUACUGCACCAUCGCCGCUACUUCCUCUAAAGAUUCACAUCAAGGAUUUCUCCAAGAGUCAAUGACUAUACCCCCCGGUUUAGACUCAUCCGUCGAUUAUAAAUCCGACGUUUCGGCGUCACGCGCCGCUUGCCCCUUAUUUGCUAAUUCCUUUCAAGACUCCGUGGAGAACGGAAUUUUGAACAAGCGGGCAUGGGUCCUGCAGGAACGUGCACUAUCACGACGGAUCAUUCACUUCACAGAAAAACAGCCAUUUUGGGAGUGCGGAGGAGGCAUGACUUGUGCAGCGCUACGAUCAGAGGGUUAUAUGAAAAAUGGUCAAAAAUCUUUCUGGAGUGACCCAGAAUUUCCGAUGUCGCUUAAGGGUCGUGGAGGAACGGCGAAAAUUCAACUUUUCCAGUUAUUGUUCAAGAAAUACUCCAAUUCAUGCCUUACGAAGAUGACAGAUAGACCCAUCGCGGUUAAGUCACUAGCUAGCGCGUUGGCACAGGCCAUAAGGUAUUGCCAAGUUGAAAACGGCAUCUUUAAUCGACCGCCUUUUUUGCAGCGGAGUCUCCUAUGGUAUCGAGAUGAGAAGAUUGAUGAUUAUCGUAUUGACUUCAAACGUACGAACAUUUCACCGCCGCAGACAUGGUCGUGGAUGGCAUAUCAUGGAUCAAUCGAUUACUUGGAAGUUGGAAAAGGUGUCGUCCAAUGGAAUAUGAGCGUUCAACUUUCGAAAACGACGACCGAUUCUCCUGGCAUCCUCACCUGCCGGGUGGCUAAGCUUGAACUCCAAGCUCUGGAAACUAAACAAGAGGGACGACAUGGACCACAUCGCCUUUCACGCAAGGCGGUGAAUCCACACCAAAAGCCAGGAAGUCGCAAAUCCGGACAGGAGGACACGGUGCACCACCACGGUCAUCCCAACAACGACGGAGCAGUAGGAGAACUGCGGUUUGAUAAAACAACAAAAAGAAUACCCGAAGAGGUGCAGUGCGCGUUACUAGGAAGAACAAACUACAAGCCCUCUUGGAGUGAGGAUAAAAAGGAUACCGAGGAUGAAGAGGACAGUGACAAGAAGUAUUAUAUAUUCCUUCUUGUUGGAAAAAGGACACCAUUGUGUCACAGGGACCCUGGCCGUGACACAUUGGAAAGAAUUGGGGUUGGAUGGGUUUGUCAGAGUGUGUUGAACUUUAAUGGCGAGAAUGAUGUAAAGAAAAUCAUAUGA